CCCACAUCGCUCAGACACUCGUUUAUAUUCGUAGCCUUAUAAACCCUAAAAUCUUCUCGGUCGCUCCCUCUCUCGCACUCCAGCUAUUCAGGGGUUUCUUGCGGCUCUUUGGUUUUUUUUGGUUUGUUACGAUCUGCAUUGAUCAACAUGGUGCUUCAGAACGACAUCGAUUUGCUUCAUCCGCCAGCUGAGCUCGAGAAGAGGAAGCACAAGCUCAAGAGGCUUGUGCAGACUCCCAACUCUUUUUUCAUGGAUGUUAAGUGCCAAGGAUGCUUUAGCAUAACCACCGUGUUCAGUCACUCACAAACAGUUGUGGUGUGCGGUAACUGCCAGACGGUGUUGUGCCAGCCUACUGGAGGACGCGCCAGGCUCACCGAAGGUUGCUCUUUCAGAAGAAAGGGAGACUGAUGCUCUUGCUUUCAUCGCAUUUACAUUUAUUUGGGAAUUGCAGAAGAGCUUUUUGGGGUUGAAAUAUGGGUUAUCCUCGUUUUUCCCUUUGCCUUUUUAGUGUUUUGCAUAUGUAAUUUGUUAGGGCAGCGGUCUGGACCUUACCAUGGGAGUGUUAUGUUAUGAAUGUUUAGUUAAUUUUGGUGGUUAACAUUAUCUUUUGCACUUCAGUUGAAGCAUUGUUUUAAGUGUUCAUGUGUCUACCCUUUUAAGUUUCAUUGACAGAUUAUCAGUGAUCAGUUUCUCUGUCACGGAAAUGUUAUAGCUGCUACUUUCGUUAUUUGAGAUGCCAAUUUGUUUUCAAUGUA